AUGCGUUUCUUCGCCGUUGCCCUCGCCCUCGCGGCCCCUUUGGUCUCGGCCAUCGAGUUCACCAGCCCGUCCCUGAACUCUACCGUCACCAAGGGCUCCAGCUAUGAGCUGACCUGGAACACCGUCGACACUGAUCCGUCGGCCUUCAGCAUCUUCCUCGUCAACUUCGUCAACUGGCCCCCUUCCUACACUCUUUUGGCUCAGGACAUUGAGACCGCCGCCGGUGCCGUCUCCGUUGAGGUUCCCUGCUCCACCCUCAACUCCUACGGCUACCAAUUCCUAUUUCUCGACGGGGGUAUAUCUGUCCGAGUCAUGCGCUGCAACACAGCGUCCUUAAAUGAAAAGCGGAGCGCGCACCUGAGAACCAGCAGGGAUUUGGAUCGUGGGAAGAAGGCAAGCGGACUGACAAAUCACAGCAACGCCAUCAACGGCACCAACGUCUACGUCAUCUACGCGCAGACGCCUAAGUUCUCCAUCUCCGGAGCCGACUGCACCGGUCCCACCACGCUGCCCCCGGCUUCGCCUUCCACCUGUGCGCCGCCGAGCACCGUCACUGUCACGGUGAGCAAGACCCUUUCCAAGAACUCCACCGCGACGGCGACGGGCGGUUUCUCGGCGGCCCAGAGCAUGAUCACGACCUCCGCCGCCGUCUCGGCCUCUUCUGCACCUGUCUUCCAUGGCACUUGUCCUGACACCAUUGGCUGGGCCUCAGACUACCAUCACCCCGUAACUCUCACUAAGCCCCCUCACCACCCCAACGACACCCGCUACCCCCAGCCCACCAAGGCGCCCUACCCGACCGGCGAUGAGGAUGUGACCACCAUCUACCACACCACUUACCUGCCCUUGGAGUUGGCCCCCACUGGUGCUUGCACCUGCUAA